CAGAUUUUCACUCCUGGAGGUGUGACCUGGAGCAACACCAAGUCCCACUUCUUGCCGCGAUCGGUAUAGCUCUGCUACUUAGGCCGUGUCACUAAUUGUAAUUCCAGACCGCUAUCAGUCGUAGGCUUACUGGUAGCAAUGAACACCCUUGACGUCAACGCGCCCACACUCCUGGUGCGUCAUGUCUGGCCAGUCUCUGCCAUGCAACGUCCGAUAGCUUUCGGUGGCAGACGGACAAAGGAUGCGGUCAAGUCAGAGCGGUGCGGGUCUAUAAGAUAGACAGGCUCGGCCACUUUUCACACCGCCCAAAUCUACUCAAUUCAACUCAAACGAUUUUUUAAACAAACACAGAAUCUACCACAUUACAUCACAUAUCGACACAAUGUCUGACUACAAGUUUGAGGGAUGGUGCGGCCACUCGCCAGAAGCUGCGAACGGCAAGAUGAGAUGGGGGGAGUACGAACCCAAGAGCUUCACGGACGAUGAUGUCGAUAUCAAGAUCUCCCACUGCGGUAUCUGCGGCUCUGACCUACACACUCUGCGAUCCGGCUGGUACCCCACACCCUACCCCUGUGUCGUCGGCCACGAGAUCAUCGGCAAGGCUGUCAAGGUUGGAAAGAACGUCAAGCACGUCAAGGAGGGCGACCGCGUCGGUGUCGGUGCGCAGGCAGCUUCCUGCUUGAAGCCUGACUGUGCCCGGUGCUCCGACGGCUUUGAGAACCACUGCGGCAGCAUGGCUGCCACAUACGGCGCCUUCUUCCCUGGCGACAAGAAGGAGAAGACAUAUGGCGGAUACGCAAACUACAAUCGCACGCCCGGCCACUUCGUCUUCAAGAUCCCGGAUAACAUUGAGAGCGAGCACGCAGCGCCGAUUAUGUGCGGCGGUAUUACGCUUUACAGCCCGUUGAAGACGUACAACGCAGCUGGCAAGAACGUUGGUAUUGUUGGUCUUGGAGGAUUGGGCCACUUUGGCGUCCUGUUCGCGAAGGCACUGGGCGCAAAGAGCGUGACCGUCAUCUCGCGCUCGCAUGCAAAAGAGGAGGACGCAAAGGCGCUCGGCGCAGACAAGUUCAUCGCCACCGGCGACAAGGGCUGGGAAUCAGGAAAUAACGCCUCUUCGCUUGACCUAAUCGUCUCAACCGUUUCCUCUGACAAAAUGCCUCUGGCCGGCUACCUCAGCCUCCUCAAGUUCCGCGGUACCUUUGUCCAGGUCGGCGCGCCUGAGGACCCACUGCCGGCAUUCCAGGCGUUCGCGCUCAUCCAGAAGGCUAUUCACAUCACUGGCUCGGCCAUCGGCGCGCCAAACGAGAUUGUGGAGAUGCUGAACCUUGUCUCAGAGAAAAACAUCAAGCCCUGGACGCAGAGCGUUCCUCUUAAGGAGGCCAACCAGGCCAUCAUUGACUUCGAGGCUGGCAAGCCUAGGUUUAGGUUCGUUCUCAAGAACGAGAACUACUCUGAUUAGACAUAGACAUUUGAUUUUAAACGAAUGAAUGAAAGUAAUGAUGCC